AUGGCGACCCCUACCCUCAAGGAUAUGUUGAGCUGGCCCGAACCCAAUUAUGACAAUCCUCACGAGCCAUUGGACCCCGUGAUCUACGGAGUCAACAUUCCGUUGAUGGUUCUGAUGACGGCUUUCGUUGGGGGGAGAUUCCUCUCGCGCACAUAUCUAGUGCGCAACGCACUUGGGGCCGAUGACUGGACAAUGCUGAUAGCUUAUGUCUUGGCAAUGGCAAUGUCGGCAUGCCAGCUGGUAGAGCCCAAGUAUGGCAUUGGACGCCAUCUUUACGACGUCCGACAGGAGUGGUAUCCUCAUCUUGGAAAGUUGACUGUGGCGGUUCAAGCUCUUUUUGCGCCAUGCUCUGCAAUCACAAAGAUCUCAAUAUGUCUGACCUACUUGCGCCUCUUCCCUUCGAGGACGAACAAGUGGUUCAACUAUAUCUCAAUAGCCAUCCUCACUGGUUUUGGGAUUUCGACGACGGUUGGAAUGCUGGUUCAGUGCAUACCUCUUUCGGAUAUCUGGGCGGUUUUCAAGCCAUAUAGUGAGAAGCAAUGCAUCGAUUCCAAGAAGUUCUUCAUUGCCGUCGCCGCCAUGAAUAGUAUAACGGAUUUCAUGGUUUACCUCUGGCCAAUACACUACCUCUGGAAGGUAAAGCUUAGUCUGCCCAAGAGAAUUGGGUUGAUCGUCUGCUUUGGCGUCGGAGUCUUGAUUUGUAUCGCAGGAAUUAUCCGUAUUACCUGGCAAACCAAGUUCGCCAAUUCCUGGGAUCAGACCUACAAUGGCGCCAUCAUCUUCAUUAUCGUCGCUGUUGAGUGCAACCUGGGCGUUGUCUGUGGCUGUCUACCAGGUGUCAGACCGCUAAUGUCCAAGAUCUUCCCCGGCUUGACGAGCUCAACUUUCAACUCUGGCCGGGGGAAAAUUAGCCACGUACAGAUCAGCUCCGGAUUAAGGUCGGGGAAUGAAUUCCAGGAUCUACAUUCGAUACACGUGAGGAAGGAUGUAGAGCUCUCUGUGGUAAAAAAAUCCGGGGACGAAAGAUGGGAUGGGCCACAGAACCCGGCUGGUAGGAGUGAUAGCGAGGAAUGGAUUUUCCGUCCGUGA